AGGAAGUUUAUAUUAUGAGCCAUGGUGGAUCAGCGAAGUGCAGUGGCUGUUAUUUUUAUAUUGUUUUUAUUAUUUGAGUCUACAUUUGAGCAACUUGAGACCUUGAGUUCACCCAAUGAGCGAGCUGCUCUACUUGAACUCAGAUCCUCAUUAGGGCUAAGAAGUACAGAUUGGCCGAUAAAAUCUGACCCUUGCUUAGUGUGGAAUGGUAUAAGAUGUGCAAAUGGUAGUGUUGUUGGAAUUAACAUUUCUGGGUUUAGAAGAACAAGGCUUGGGAAGCUAAACCCACAAUUUGCUGUUGAUUCUCUUGUGAACUUAACACAUUUGGCCUCUUUCAAUGCCUCAAGAUUCUUUCUUCCUGGCUCGAUCCCGGAUUGGUUAGGGCAGCGAAUGUUGACUUUGCAAGUGUUGGAUCUCCGUUCAUGUUCUAUAAGUGGUGCUAUUCCUCCAAGUCUGGGAAAUUUGACUAACUUAAUUAGUCUGUAUUUGUCUGAUAAUGGCAUUUCUGGGACAAUUCCUUCAAGUUUGGGUUUAUUUCCACUCCUCUCAGUUCUUGAUCUUUCAAAGAAUUCGCUCACUGGAUCCAUUCCUUCAUCAUUUGAGUCACUGAAGAAUCUGUCAAGACUUGACAUUUCUUCAAAUUACUUAAGUGGGUCAAUUCCUCCUGGCAUUGGGACACUUUCUAAGCUUCAGUAUUUGAAUGUCUCAAACAAUAGUUUUGCUUCUACAAUUCCAUCCCAGCUUGGGGAUCUUGAUAGCUUGGUUGAGCUUGAUCUUAGCAGUAAUUCUUUGUCUGGGCCAGUGCCUCCGGAUUUAAGAGGGUUGCGGAAUUUGCAGAAGAUGUUGAUUGGAAACAAUUUUCUAAAUGGGAAUUUGCCGGUUAAUUUAUUUCCGGCUCCUAGUCAGUUGCAGAUUAUUGUUUUGAGACACAAUAAUUUUACUGGUCCUCUUCCUGAUGUCUUGUGGAGAAUGCCCCAGUUGAGUUUGCUUGACAUUUCUGUCAAUAAUUUUUCUGGUUUGCUGCCCGAUUCUAGCUCAAAUGCAAAUGUCACUGCUGCAGAACUCAAUAUUUCUCUGAACUUGUUUUAUGGAAAUCUGACACCGUCUCUAAGAAGGUUCAGUUCCAUUCAUCUCUCAGGGAAUUAUUUUGAAGGCAAGGUUCCCGAUUAUGUGCCUAGUAAUGCAUCUCUUGAUGGCAACUGUCUCCAAGAUUUGGCAGACCAGAGGACUGUGGUGGAUUGUUCAUCAUUUUAUGCUGCAAGGGGCUUGAAUUUUGAUAACUUUGGACGCCCAAAUUCCACACAACCUCGUGCACCUGAAACCUCUGGGAAGAAGAACAAGAGGACUAUUAUAUUGGCAGCGGUUUUGGGAGGAGUUGGGCUUAUUUUGCUUUUGGCGUUGCUGGCUCUGCUGGUCCUUUGUGCCCGUAAGAGGGGGGGCACUACAAAUCAAAGAGGGGUAGGUGUGGGGCCAGUUCCUGCAGGGUCCACUCCGCCUCCUCCUGGAGUAUCAAUUAACUUAUCUAAACUCGGAGACUCAUUUACUUAUCAGCAGUUACUCAUAGCCACAGGUGACUUUAGUGAUGCAAAUCUCAUAAAAAAUGGUCACUCAGGAGAUCUCUUCCGUGGUAUCUUGGAAGGUGGUAUCCCUGUGGUCAUCAAAAGAAUUGAUUUGCAGUCUAUUAAAAAGGAAUCAUACCUAUUGGAAUUGGAUUUCUUUAGUAAGGUUGGACAUUCAAGACUGGUUCCCCUCCUGGGACAUUGCUUAGAGAAUGAAAAUGUGAAGUUCCUUGUUUAUAAAUAUAUGCCAAAUGGGGAUUUGUCAAGUUCCUUGUAUAGAAAAUCCAAUACGGAAGAUGAUUUACAAUCAUUGGAUUGGAUAACAAGAUUGAAAAUUGCGUUAGGAGCGGCGGAGGGUUUAUCUUAUCUUCAUCAUGAAUGCACACCACCCCUUGUGCACAGAGAUGUUCAAGCAAGCAGUAUACUUCUGGAUGAUAAAUUUGAAGUACGGCUUGGGAGCCUAAGCGAGGUCUGUGCUCAAGAAGGUGAUAUUCAUCAAAGUAGGAUUUCCAGGUUGCUGCGGUUACCACAGUCAUCUGAGCAAGCUACUUCAGGUGCACUGACUGCCACAUGUGCCUAUGAUGUGUACUGCUUUGGGAAGGUAUUACUUGAACUGGUAACCGGUAGGCUGGGUAUUAGUGCUUCCAGUGAAGCCGAAAUGAAGGAAUAUAUGGAACAGACGCUACCAUACAUCAGUAUAUACGACAAGGAACUUGUAACCAAGAUUGUGGAUCCAUCUCUGAUUGUUGAUGAGGAUCUUUUAGAGGAAGUAUGGGCCAUGGCUAUUGUUGCCAGGUCAUGCCUUAAUCCAAAGCUUUCAAGGCGGCCUCUCAUGAGAUACAUCCUCAAGGCUUUGGAAAACCCUUUAAAGGUAGUAAGGGAAGAGAACACUGGCUCUGCGAGGCUAAGAGCUACCUCUUCUAGAGGGUCUUGGAAUGCUGCACUUUUUGGUAGUUGGCGUCACAGCUCAUCCGAUGUGGCAGCAAUUCCAGCAGCGUCAGCUGCUAAAGUAGAAGGAGCUAGUAGUUUUAAACAAUCGGGAACCACAGGUUCUCAUUCUCAGGGUAGUGGACCAAAUGGCGGAGGUGAUAAUUCAUCCUCACGUAGACGCUAUUCUAAAGAUAUAUUCCCAGAACCAUCUGAUGUGCAAGAUGUAGAGAGACAAGACCAGGACUAGUAAAAAAAGUUGAUUGUUGAUUCUUUGCUAAUAAUAUAGCAGGCUUCCCAUUUGAGUGCCUGUUUGGUGGUAUUAGUACUUUUUCAAGCUCUUCUUGGUCCUGGAGGUAAUUGGAAUUUCAAGCCAUUUUUGUAUUUUUUUCAGGGGGCAUAGAUCUUCAAUGAAGGGAGACUUUAAAACUAAACUUUCUGUGAAGAUUUUAUCUGUGGAGACCAAGAGAGGUGUUUGCAGUUGUGGAUGGAUUUAGGCAGUGAGAGAGAAGGGUGCCAUGGCAGUUAUUAUGUUCUUUUUUGUUUGACAGCUUGUUUUAUGGUCAAAGCAAGCCACAAUUUUUAUCUGUAAUUGAUGUUCAGUUUGUGGGUUCUCUUCUGCAAUGUAAAUUGUAAUUGUUCAGGAUUUCUUCAUUCAAAUGAGAUUCUAAUUUCAAUUCAAAAGAUAGAAAUGAGAAAUAAAACA